AUGAGAUCUCAGCUUCUCAUUUCAGUGGAACACCUACCCACCAUUAGUCAGGAUAUUGAGGUGACAGCUCAACACGAAAAGCUAACUGCAGAUGUGCACACAGACACUGGACUGGAGGAUUAUGUUAAAUCCAUUCAAACACUGGCACAGCCUAGUUCUCUGACAGAUCAUAAUCAGUAUGGCCAGUGCAGGGCUCAGAGGAGGACUCGUUUUAGACCCAGAUCAUCCCUGAAGGUUUGUGAACCUAAAGUUCUGACUGUGGCACAGGACUCCUAUCAUGGGAGCUUAGUCUCUUUACAAACUGACCCACUGGCUUGGCUGUACAGACAAAAUGGGAACAAGAACCAAGAGGGUGGGGAGACAUUUCGUGCUGCCCUGCCUGAAAAAAUUAAACUUGCUAAUACUGUUAACCUACAUAAAAAUGCGGACACAAACAAAAGGUUACAAUGUAGCAAAUGUCAAAGCAUUGAGCAUCAAAGUACACAAGAAAAAAGAAUCAAAUACCCACGCUUUCAAAAGAAAUGUCGUUCCACUGGUUAUGGCAGUUGGGGAUCAGUAACUAAAUUCCACAAACCACAGUUACCGGUUAUAUAUGAGUUAUAAUUUAUUCUGGGAACUGUAAUGAACACUAUAAUUUUUAAGACUAUGGAUAACAUAGUUUAAACAGGAACAUUAACU